AUGAAAGAGCAGAUCAACCAGGCCGAGAAAAGUUGCGGAGGCAUUGUGGACGCCGUGAAGGCCAUGAAGUUCACUCACAUGCCCGAGGCAUCCGUUGACUUGGAGAUGGCAGCCGUCGGCUACAACGACUGGGAUGACAAGACAGCCAACUUGAAGAGGCCUGUUGUCUUUGCCUAUGGCGGCAAAGAGAUCAUGAAACGGCAUGAUCCCAACAUCGGCCUUGACGAGUUCAACUUGGGUGGCAAGUUCACCAAGGACACCGAUGACAUCAUGAAGUGGAUUAAGCAGCCACUUGGAAAUGGUGGCUCCAUCCCAGAGGAGCUUACAGGGGCCUUGAUUGCUGCCAGUCACCUGCCAUGGAGUGCCAAGGAGCGCUUGGCAGUGGUGAUCACUGAUGCCCCGUGCCACGGUAAGGCCUACAGCAACGACUCCCACGACCCUUUCUGCGACAAGGACACGGGCCUGACAUGCACCGGAAAGCCCGAAGUACCCCUGCUGACGCUAAAGGAAAAGAACGUUCAGGUUGUCAUUCUGCACACGGGAAAUGCCGGUGCAGUGAAGAUGUGCCAGAAGCUUCUGCAAACUUCGCCCACUCUGAUCUCUGAGAAGGUGUCACCUUCGCAAACUGCAGACCGCCUCCUGAACGCCAUCAGCACCAAGCUUGAGUUGAGUCCCCUGAGCUACGUCCUAAAGCCUUUCACCGGGAGCAAGGGCUUGAACGACUUGGCGGCCGGCCACGAUGUGGAGCUGAAGAUGGGGAGUGAGAGCGCGAAGCACCGCGUCGGAGCGGAUGGGUUGAUCUGGCUGGGAAAGCCCUCUGCCUCGCCCACGGUCACCGUCUCUCGCCCCGGUAAUGCUGGCUUGGACGAGUGGUGGGAAGCACAGACUGCGGAGCAGGAGCUGUCUCGCAGCUUUGAUGCGCAGGUGUACAUGCUCAAGAUGCCCUGCAAGAAACGGGAGCAGGGCGAUGAGAGUAACAUGGUCUAA